AUGAAUGGAAGCAACAUGUGGCCUACUACAGAGUAUAUUCCCUAUUUGCCUCCAAUGAAAAGAAGAAUUCCAGGCAUGCUAACCAUGAAGAGAAUAAGGGAUGCUUCUGAAAGGCCUAGAAAAAACACAAUUUCAAAAGCAAGGAAAAUGGUUUCUUAUGGCAUAUACAAACAGAUAAAACACAACAAGAGCACUUGUACUCAAGUGGAAAGGCGAUCCGAAAUUAAUGUGAGAAAGAAACAAAAGGUUAGGCAAAGACAAGAGUUAGUAAAUAUGCAAGGGUGUGCGGAAGAUGAUGUUAUGAUAGAUAAAGUUGAACAACAAGGUGUGCGUGAUAAUGAAGACGAGAAAGUGGUUAGGGUUAAUGAAGAUGUUGAAUAUGAUGUUAGUGUGGUUCAAGCAAGUAAGAGAAAAAAAACUAAAAGAAUCCUUAAAAUGAAGCUUGCUAAAAGAGUUCAAGGUGAAGGUAGCAGUGCUACAACAGCAAUGAACUUGGAUUGA